AUGAAUUCGUUAUCUCUCAAAGUAGGGAAUCUGGAAAAUGAAGUUGGUAUAUUAAAGGUCAAAGGUCAAGAUAUGAAGCAAAGUUGCAAUGUAAUUAGUGAUAUGUAUGAUGAGGUGAAAAGGGUGUCAAAAAAGCAAGGGGAUGAAUUAUUGAAGCUGCAAAAGGCCGUUCACACACAUAUGCCUUCACCUAACGAGGAUACAGAAUCGCUACUUCGAGAGUUUUUGCACGUAGAAUUGAACAUCCAGAACCAUAUCGAGCUUGGAAACGUCCAUCGAUUUGGAAAGUUCAUUCGCGGUAAACGAAGGCCGAUUUUCGCUCGGUUUAUCUUCAACAAUGAUAGGUCCUUGGUGUUCAAGCGGUCGGGUAUGUUGGCAGGAACUUCGUUCUUUAUCAACGAACAAUUUCCAUCAGAAGUCGAACACAAACGAAGGCAGCUUUACCCUACGUAUAGAGACCUUAAGGCCAAACACCACAAGGUCAAGCUUGUCAGGGGCAAGCUCAUUGUGGACGGCAAGUUGUACACGGGUCCCCUGGUAAGCAGUGACGUCAGAGCGAAGAACAGCAACCCACGACAGACCAGAACUUACAGUGACGUUGCUCAAAGUCCGACUAACGGGUCUCCCAGUGAGCAUGCCCAACCCACUAAACGUUCACGCUUUAACAGCAACAGUGAGUCGCCACGGAGUAGUGCUCGUUUUUUGCCAUCUACGACAAACUCGUCAUCAGGUGAAACCAUUCCAAAGACUGUAUAG